AUGGCAUUCGAAGUGACCAACGGAGUGAAGCAGGGAUGCGUGCUGGCGCCUACCCUCUUCAGUCUUAUGUUCUCUGCCAUGCUAAUGGACAUCUGUCGUGAUGAACGCCCCGGAAUCCAUAUCGCCUACAGGACGGACGGCCAACUCCUCAGUCGUCGGCGGCUGCACAUCUAUUCACGUAUAUCCACAACUGCCGUUCACGAACUUCUCUUCGCCAUCGAUUGCGCCCUAAACACCGUCUCCGAAGGGGGCAUGCAAAGGAACAUGGACCCCUUCGCUGCUGACUUCAACAACUUCGGCCUGGUCAUCAACACGGAGAAGACGAUGUUCAUGCAUCAACCGCCACCCGACGCUGCCUUCAACACACCCCAUAUCAACGUGGACGGCGCCCAACUGCAAGUCGUGGAUACUUUCACCUACCUGGGCAGCACCCUCACCUGUAACACCAAAGUCGACGAUGAAGUGGCCCGCCGGAUUUCCGCCGACAGUCAAGCCUUCGGCCGGCUGCAAAGCACAGUCUGGAAUCGCCACGGUCUCCACCUCAGCACGUCAACAUCCUGCCGACGUUGCUCUAUGGACCGGAGACCUGGACGGUGUACAAGAAGCAGGUGCGAAGACUCAACCACUUCCACCUCAGCCGUCUUCGGUAGAUACUAA